AUGUCGAAUAAAACAUACGCAGAUUUACUAUGCGAGACAUCAGAACUCAUAGUAGAAGCCACACAAGCGGAUGAAGCAGUUUUCGAAGCAGGCGCAGCUGAACGUCAAGCGCUGCAGCCGCUACUAUCUGAACUGAGGAUACGCUACACAGUUCUCCUCGCUAGGUUGGACACGGUGUACGAUCAGAUGUUACAGCCACAGAAGCGAUUGAUCGUGAAGAGGCUGCUUGAAGCGUGUAUGGGAAGACUGAUAGAGAUCAAACAUGAUUUAGUUGAGAUCAACAUGUCAGAUUAUACUUAUGAUGACGAUGAAUCACUGCGGAAACUGGAAGUAACGCCAUUUGAGGCAGAACCUAUAGUGCCUCAAUAUUUCAUCAGAGAGAGGGAGCAGGAGGUGGAAAGUCGACGACAAUUUAUCUUAGAUACCCUAACAAAGCUUGGAUAUGAACCUCCGAAACCUCAACCUCUAGUUCUGACAGAACAACAAGCAGUUCUAAUUAUUCAAAGUCACGAGCGGGCGAGACAAGGACGAUUGAGGGGUCAAUUUAUGAAAGAGAUUCGACUUUUAAAAGAGAAAGGUAGGGAUCAGAAGGGUGAAAUGACUGCGUCUGCUGCGACUGCUAUACAGCGAGUGUGGAGAGGUUUUAUUGCAAGAAGAGAAACUAGAAGAAGAAAACGGGAAGAACAACUAUUGAUAGGAAUGGAACUACCUCCAUAUACAGAAUCUAAAGAGCUCAAACGGGCUGAAGAGGUAAAAGAUUAUCGUCGUAAAUUGCAAAAAACAAGAGAAGAAGAAUACAAAAAAGCAUUAGAUACAAUUGAAGAAUCUUUAAGAUCCAAAAAUGGGACUAAAAUAAAUGAACAAAUAGGUGACGAACUUCGAAGAUGGAUAACAGAGUACUACGACAGAACUGAACGGCUUCCAGAAUUUCCUUCUGAAGAAGGAGGCGGCAGUCGAGCUAUGUAUAGUAGGCAAGGCACAGGAAUGGAUAGUGAAUUGAGUAAGAUGUCACCAGUAUCGUCUAAAGAUUCGAAGCGAAGUAAGGAAAGCAAAGAUAAAAAGAGUAGUAAGAACGGUGACAAUAAUAAACCCAAAGAAGAGCCAGAAGACUUAAAUAUUUAUCAAUGUACUAGUUCAGUUUACCUGCAAGAUAUUGUCAAUGCUAAUGAAGAAUUUGAAGAUAUUUGGAAAUUUAAAGACGACAUCGAUAAUCCUCACGAGCGCUACUAUAAAGAUAUGAUUGAAAGAGAAAAAAUAGUGAAGAUUGAACAAGAAAUAAGGAAUAUUGUAGACGAGAUGAUGCGAAAUGAGCUAGAGCUUUUACAGGCAGCUUUCAAUAGAGAUAUGGCGUCUAAAGGCAAAAAAGUAAAAAAACAACAGAAAAAAGUACGACGUGGUGGUAAGAAAAGUAAAAAGAAGAAAGAAAAAGAUUUAACACCAGAUAGAACCACAGAGUCUCUUUUCGAAGAGUUAGUAUCAAAUGGAAUCAUAAAACCCUACCCUAUAGUGAAAAUAGACGAUUUCAUUGGAGAGAAAGGCUAUUUAGGUUCUCACUUCAGAAAUGAAGGCCAGGACCCAUCACCUUGCCUUGGUGAUGUGAGGCAAUUGAUAAAAGAGUAUUGUAUUUUACCUCUCGGCUCUGAACAUGUGCGUACUAAUGCUCCUCUAAUUAGAUCUGUUCUUAUAUCUGGACCAUCAGGGAGUGGCAAAAAAAUGUUAGUUCACGCUAUUUGCAGUGAAACUGGAGCAAUGUUGUUUGAUUUAACACCCGCUAACAUAGUCGGCAAAUACCCAGGGAAGUCUGGAUUGAUCAUGUUAAUACAUUUAGUUAUAAAAGUAUCAAGACUGCUUCAGCCAUCGGUGAUAUGGAUGGAUGACGCUGACAGACCAUUUGUAAAAAAGAUACCUAAGACAGACAAAACUGAUCCCAAAAGACUGAAGAAAGAUUUAGUGAAAAUAAUUAAAGGCAUUUAUCCUGAGGACCGUGUGAUAUUUGUGGGAACAUCAAAAACACCGUGGGAAGCAGAACAGAAGCUGCUUUUUCAGUGCUACAACAAAUUCAUUCACAUACCCAGAGCUGAUUACGGCAGUAUAUCCUUGAUGUGGAGAAGUAGACUUCACAAAGCUGGAGCACUAUCACCUAGACUCGAUCUGUCUUGUUUAUCCAGGGUUUCUGAUUCUUAUACUAUAGGUACUUUAUUAGCUGCUUUGAACGACGUUUUAACAACAAAAAGGCGUCUACAGUUGCGUAUACGCGCUUUAACAGCGCAAGAAGUCGCAGUCCAGCUGAGCUAUAGGGAGCCCGUUUACGCUGAACAGGAUGCUGCGGCUGAUGCCUGGUGGUAUAAAACGCCGAUGGAGAAAAAGCGCCAAAAAAUCAUGCAGAGGAUGCAAGAACUUCAGCAAGAGGCCGAAGAAAAGGCUGCAGCCAAAUAGAAUAAGAAUUAAAUAUAA